GUCUACUGUGAUAUGGAGACUGAGGGUGGAGGCUGGACGGUGUUCCAGCGGCGACGUGAUGGAUCAGUGAGUUUCAACCGUCGUUGGUCAGAGUACCGUGAUGGUUUCGGCGAGCUGCAAGGAGAACACUGGCUGGGCAACCAACACCUCCAUCUGAUGUCCAACCAGCGCCACCACAGCCUCCGCAUCCAGCUACAGGACUGGAGCCACACCCACAGACACGCCCUGUACAGCAGCUUCAGGACAGACAGUGAGGAGAACCAGUACCGCCUCCAUGUGUCUGGGUUCAGUGGGACGGUGGAGGAUUCGUUCGGUUGGUACCACAACCAGCAGGGCUUCAGCACACCAGACACGGGCAACAUCUGUGCUGAAAUCAGUCACGCCGGCUGGUGGUUCCACCAGUGUUUCUUUGCCAACCUCAACGGUGUCUACUACAAGGGGGGGCACUACUCUCUGAAAGCCCAGGACCUGCUCGGCCCGGACGGCAUCGUCUGGUUCUCCUGGAAGGACUCGGACUUCUACUCUCUGAAGGCGGUCACAAUGAUGAUGCGUCCGCACAACUUCAGGCCACACCUGUCGCCAUAGUGAUGUCACGUGUUUGUUAUUAAGCAACUCAUGUAACAGGCUGAUACCCAACUAGCAGCUCAGGACUCUACAGGGUGCAAGAAUUAGAGGGCUAAAUAUGAACUAAUCUGCUGCCAACAAAUGUAGUGUUUACUCCUGUUUUAGUAACCUUUGCUAAAAACAGUGGCAUGGUCUGCAUCUUUUUGAAAAAGUUGCAAAAAGCGCCACAUACUCCCAGGAGAUACAAGUGCAUAUAAAUGUAGGUGAUAGAGGUGUGAUGGCUGUUCUGAGCAAAUUAAAGUAAAAUUGGUCAGUGUUACCUUAUGAGUAACAUUUGACCUAAUGCAAAGGUUUACUGCAGUACUUAUUU